GUCCGCGGCUGCAUGCGCGCCGCCGCCAGCCUCAGCGUGCCGCUCGAGGUCAAGGUCAAGCAGGGCACCGCCUGGGAUCAGCUGACAGAGGUGGCCGAGUGAAACACCGCUAAUCCAGUGACGUCAUCACCAGGGUGCGAUGACGUCACUGAACGAGAGCGCGGUCGUCGCGUCCGACGGCUCUAUGGGCCUGGGCACGCAGAUCUUCGUGGGCACCUUCCUCUCCAUCAUCAUCGUGAUGGCCGUGUCGGGCAACAUCCUGGUGUGCGUGGCCGUGCUGACGGACCGCAACCUGCGCAAGGUCGGCAACCUCUACAUCGUGUCGCUCAGCUUCGCCGACACCACGCUGGCCGGCCUGGUGAUGACGUUCGCGCUCGCCAACGACCUGCUCGAGUACUGGCCGUUCGGCAGGCAGUUCUGCGACGUCUGGAUCGCCUUCGAUGUCAUGUGCAGCACGGCCAGCAUCCUCAACCUGUGCGCCAUCUCGCUCGACCGUUACAUCCACAUCAAGGACCCUCUGCGCUACGGUCGGCUCGUCACCAAGCGGGUGGUGUCGCUGAGCAUCGGCGUCAUCUGGACGAUGGCAGUGCUGGUGUCGUUCGUGCCGAUCUCGCUGGACCUGCACCGGCCACCGCCGCCGCGGCCGCCGCCGGUGGACGAGCGCGGCCUGCCGCAGUGCGCGCUGGAUCUCAGUCCGCUGUACGCCGUAGUGAGCAGCUCCAUCAGCUUCUACAUGCCGUGUAUGGUCAUGCUGGCUAUUUACAGCAAGCUCUACCUUUACGCCAAGCGUCACGUGGAGAGCAUCAAAGCGCUGAGCAAGCCGGUGACGUUCGGCACCAUUGACGGCGUGGCGCCGCCGCCCGCCUGCAAUCGCUGUCACGUGUCAGAGGGCAAGGCGGCCACCACCGUCGGCAUCAUCGUGGGCGUCUUCCUCGUGUGCUACGUGCCCUUCUUCUGCGUCAACAUCGUGGCGGCCUUCUGCAAGACGUGCAUUCCGCGGCUCGCCUUCCAGACGCUCUCUUGGUUCGGCUACAGCAACAGCAGCUUUAACCCCAUCAUCUACUCCAUCUUCAACGUGGAGUUCCGGGAGGCGUUCGCGCGCAUCCUGGCCAAGGUGCGGCGCGCGUGCGUGCGCCUGUGUCAGCGGGCAAGCGCUCCUGCCAGGCCGCGCCAGGCGUCUCACUGUAAGUCGGCCACGUCACUGAGCCGCCUGAGCACGGGCACGGUGCCGGCGCAGGCGGCCGAGGUCGACGCGCCGCUGGUGGAGCGCGUGUCGGCCAUGUGA